UGAAAAAAAAGUGACCCAAGAACAUGAGUUUGAAGGACAACUCUGUCAAUCAGCUUGAAUCGAACACACAGGACAGUGCAGGUGAAGUCAGCAACAAUAACCGGCAGGAAGAAGUAUCCUCUGAUAAUGGGGACGCCAACGCCAACAGGAUUCAGGUGGACGAGGAGAGGACGGGAGAGGUGGAGGGCUUCUCCCCCUUGCUGUCUCAGACUGAGGAGCAGGACAAGGUCAUUAUCUGGGGGACGGACUCCCAGUUUGAUGACCCGGAGUUAGCGGAGUUUGAGAUGCUGGAAUGCCAGGAGCUGGAGGCGUACCUCGCGGAGGAGGAUGAUGAGGCUUUCACUACAGAUGGAUUGGCUGAGACAGGCUCUCUGUCCAAGUCUGGUCCCAAUGAAGCUAACGCUAGCACGUCCAGUACAGAGGAGGCGGCGAAAGGUGUGCAGCAUGUUUUGAAGGAGCCAGAGAUGACAUCUCAGGCGUCUCCAAGCAAAGGGGGCAACAGGACUGAGGUGAGCUCGGAAACGGACAUUUUCGUCUCGUGCUUCUCGUCUGUGUCCAGCCUCGGAGGCAGUCUGGCCAGUGCCCUGGACAACGCAGGCCGAUCGCAGGCCACCGAGUCCUGCCACAUUCCUUCUGGGCCGCACAGGACUCUGUCAGAGGACCUGACCAUCGCCUCUCAGUCCUGCUCCACCAUCUCAGAGAGGGGUCGUGGAUCUCAAAGGGCCGCGGCUCCCACAGCCGAAAGCACAACACACCUGUCAGGGGUCGACCUGAAUCUUAACUCCACAGUUCUGCCUGAGGAGCCCAUCCUAGAAGCACAAGAGAAAGAACCAGGUCAAAGCUCUCCUGAGGAGUGCUCAGGUCUGCUCACGAAUGGCGUCGGUGAAAGCAACAGGAACGUCACAAAUGCCAAAUGGGAGCACAUCAAACUCACAGAUGCCGAGCAGAGCCUAGGAGAGCAGCUGAACGAUGACCACCAGCCCACUGAUGCAAAAACCAGCUGGAGCCAACCCCAGCCCACCAAGCUAACGACCUCCGAUGGUACACAUUCACUUGAGCAGCAUCCUGCCCAUCCCAAGCUAGUCCCUUCCACAAAAAAGACAAGUACAACAAGGCAGGUGGCAGCUACUCCAACUCAUAAUGUGAAUGGUAAACCAGCUAAGAGUGAUGAAGCCUCCGAUGUGAAUGUCAUCUCACCCAAACCGAUUGCAAAGAGUUUGUCCUGCCAGUGCGUGUCUCCCACCCCCCUGAUUAAAAAACAGGCGUCCUUCGAGAGAGCUCGCAGUGCGAGUCCGUCCAGCCUGGACAAGAGGAAACCCUGGGGGAGUCCCUCCAGACCCGCCACACCACCGUCACCCAAGACCACGUGGUCCCCAAAAAGAAGGCCGCUUUCCUCUCCUGCUAAAACCACCAGCACCAGGGCCGCCAGCCAGGAGGGCAGCGACUCUCCACAGAGGGUCGCCAGCGGCAUCAAGCCCCCCUCCAAGGUCGGGGUCAGCACCGCUAUCCCCAAGGCUGUUCUACACCCACAGCCCGAAAUCAAGCCCGCCACCAAAAACACGUCCCCACCCCAAAAGCCGAAAAACGUCCGCCCCAAGAUCAUCACGUAUGUGAGGAAGAGCCCUCAAGUGAAACCGCCAGUGACCGAUGGCCCGUAUGAAGUGUCCACCUUACCCCCAAGGCUGACCCCUUACGCCAGUCCCCCAACUGCGAAAGAACCCAAGGCAACAGGGGUGAAGACAUCCACCAUCCUCAGUUCCUCCAACUUACUUUAUGACAAAUACAAGCAGGAGAUGCAGAAGACCUGCUAUUUCGGCCCAGGCUUGGUGGUGUCAGGGAUCCGACCUCCCAGCUACACUGUCCCCCAUAAGCUGACCGGCAAAUCAGAGAGCUUUCAUGGAGAGCUGCCCGAGAGGUACAUGCAUGAGAUGAGCCGGGCGACAGGUGGAACCCCAGGCCCUCCUCCCGGAGCCGGGGACGCGGCCGGUGUCUACCGCUCUCCCCGAGCCCUCCGGCCACAGUUGGGCCUGGGUGCCGUUGUCAGGCAGCCCGCUGCUAAAAACAGGAUGAUGAUGGCAGGUCAGAGGUCGUCCCUGAGCUUCAGUCAGCCCGCCCCUGGCGGCCCACCCACCCACCACUACCAGGACCCCACAGUCGACCAGAAGAAGCUGCUAGCUCUGGAGGGUGGGCCCAAGACCCUGCUGCCCAAGCCGGGCCAGUCUGGCCUGCGUCCCCCUGGCUUUGCCCACCUGCCCCCCGCCCGCCUGGCUGCCUUUGGCUUCGUCCGCAGUGCCAGCGUGUCGUCUGUGUCCAGUAACCAGUCCAGUGACAGCACCCACAGCGACCCUUGCCGAUCAACCAAUCGUCCAGCCAGUGGCUCAGGCCUGGAGGAUGUGUCUGUGCAGAGAGCGCCGGCGCCCCCUAGUGAGCCGCCCUGCCCUGUGCGCCGUGGGAGCCCCCAGCCCCCCAACGCACCUCCUCCCACCCGACGCAGCUUCCCUCCCCCUACAAGAAGCUCCCCCGCGGUCACUCGUAAAGAAUUUCAGAAGGAUUCUGAGAAUACAAAGCCUGCAGUUUCCUCACCAAAACGCUUCGCUGUUGUGUCACCUAAACCACAAUCUCCUGUGCGCCAGAAGUCGUCUGUGGGCCGCUCCAGCGUGCAGGAGGCUGAGCAUGAGCGGGAGAAGGAGCGGGAGAAGGAGCGUGAGCGAGAGCGCGCCCUGGUGGAGAACCUGAGGCAGCGCUGCGAGGAGCAGGCCAGGCAGCUCCAGAGCCUGCAGGCCGAGCUGGGCAAGGCCAGCCGCGGUCUGGAAGUCUUUGCCAUCACCACCCAGCAUUUCUGCCAGAAGAGUGAGAGAGCCAGCGUGAAGGAGAGGGAGCUGUCCCACGAAUUGGGUCGGAUCAGGGAUGAAGUGGCCUGCAGCGUGGCCCGUUGGGAGCGCCUGCGUGGGGAGAAGCAGCAGCUGGAGGAGCGCUUUGAGCAGGAGCUGCGGGGGCUGCGUCAGCAGCAGCAGCUGGAGCUGGGCGCCCUGGAAGAGAGGCUGAGCUGCCAGCACCGCAGCCACACCCACCGCCUCCAACGCCAGCAACACCAGCAGCUGGACGAGCUGCGUGCCCAGCACCAAGAGCAGGUUGAGGAGAUGACUGAGAGCCAUGAGGCAACACUGCAGGAGAUGGAGGAGACCCACAACGCCACCUUGGCCACGCUGCAGGAUGAGCACGCCAGGACCAUCCGCAAUCUGAAAAUGGCUCAUGAGCAGCAGAGGAAGUCUUUAGAACAGGAAUUUGAGAAGCUUAGACUGUCCCUGCAGGAUCAGGUGGACACACUCACGUUUCAAAACCGCAGCCUGAGGGACCGAGCCAAGCGCUUCGAGGAGGCACUGAGGAGGAGCACAGAUGAACAGAUAGUGGAUGCUUUGGCACCAUACCGACACAUUGAGGAGGAUCUGAAGAGUCUGAAGGAAGUUCUGGAAAUGAAGAAUCAGCAGAUCCACGAACAGGAGCUGAAGAUCUUACAGCUGGAGAAAAUGCAGGCUCAAAAGAACGUGGUUCUGGAGGAGCGUGUGCAGGUGCUGCAGCAGCAGAACGAGGACCUGAAGGCCAGGAUCGAGACCAACAUCGCCAUGUCCAGGCAAUUGUCCGAGGAGAACGCCAACCUACAGGAGUACGUGGAGAAGGAGAGCAACGAGAAGAAGCGCUUGAGCCGCAACAACGAGGAGCUGCUGUGGCGGCUGCAGACGGGCGAGCUGAGCCCACGCAUGUCCCCCUCGGGCUCACCCAUCCACCGCGCCGCCUCCGGGUCAACCUCGCCCUCUCGCGUCCAAAACUUCCCCAGAUGAACCAACCACCCCACACACUAGAUACCUCCUCGGCCUCUGUUCCUCGCUCUUGCCCCGUCUGUCCACUCAGUCGUCCAUCUCCUUUGGAUGGGGGGACUCUUCCUCAUCGCUUCUUUUCCUCUCACUUUCUCCUCUCUAUUUUCAACACAUGCCAGGGACAUUUUUACAGAUAAAUAUCCAGAUUGAUAUUGAACAACUCAAGCUCUCUCUCUCUCUCUCUCUUUCUAUACUAUUCUUUCUUUGUCAUUCUAUAUUUUUCAUCCAUCUACAGUAUUGCACAGAUUCACCCGUGGAGCAAUCUGGCCUAGGCUCUCUCAAAUAUACUGGAGGAGGGGGAGAAUAUGCCCAAACACAAUGCCCUCUCUUUGUGCAUAUUUGGCUACUCUCAUAAAGCUGCAGGACUGUCUCUGUCCUGAUGAAGAAUUGCGCUGUUAUCUAGUCCAUUGUCCAGUGUUUUUUUUUUUUAAUUACUUCUUAAAAUGUGAGUAGUUUGGUGGGUCAGAGCCCUGAUCGUAUCUCUCUUUACCUUCCUCUAUGAGGCGUGAGAUGUUGGUGAAAAGGUCCUUUGUCACACUCGCUUUGGGUUGGUUUUCAACAGUCCCUUAGCAAUUCUGGUAAACUAGGUUCAAACAUCAUUGUGCCUGUCCCCAAAUCUGCAUUUGUGCUUUCGAGCAGAACCGCCAGCUAUUUGUUGUGGCCUCAGAUUGUAUGGAUGUAAACACACGAGAAAUGGAAGCAUUUUCUUUCCUUUUUCAUAAAGCACCUUCUGCCAUUCGCCUUCCCACAGGCAAACCGCUCACCAGCAAUAGUUAUACCAGACCAAGCAGAGUGGUAUGCACACAAAUUGAGAGCAUUACAAUGGUAAUUUAGGUAUCUUGACCUACAAAGAACUAUACACCAGUGCAACUCCACACCUUAUUUAAAAAGGCUGUGACGCAGGAAAAUGCAGUAGUGAUAUCAAAGUAGACCAGUUGACAUGAGCAUGUUUUUGACCUCUUACUAUCCACAGAAUAAGUAGACUGGUAUUUCAUCAAAGAUUUUUAUGUUCUCGGUUGCAGUGCUUAAAGGUAUGUUUACAUCUUGCAUAUCUCUGUCUAACACAAUCACCCAUAAAGUGAAUGCUUCAGGAACAGUGUACAUGUAUAACAGAAUGUCAUGUAAACACUCAGACUGUGAAUUGAACAGUGACAGUUCAUCCAUCUUGAUAUCUGAAGCCAGUGUGUUUCCUCCAAGUCUGUAUAUGCCUGUAAGUGUCCUCGGAGUCAUACUGUGCUUUCACAGGGACCCAUCACCAUCAGCCUUGUGCAGAAUCAUGUUUCCUCAUUUUGCUCCUCAACCAGAACAGCAGGAAGAAUACUCAUGCUUUUACCCUGGAGGGCCACAAGGGUUUACAGAACUCACUCACUUCCUGUUGUGCAACACAUUGAUCGGUCAGAACCCUAUUUCGCUAUUACAACUUUCUUACCAAGAAUUGUGACUCUGAAAACUACCUUUUAUCGCAAUGGACAGCAUGCACUGUAAAGUCUUCCAGUUGUAACGGACAGCUUGUGGCUUCAAGGACAUGGCUGGAUGACCACAUCUCCAGACAGCACAUGGUGUGGUCGAAUGGGCUGUGGAAAAAGCAUUCAGGUCCCAUGUCACCGGUCCUGCCGGAUUUAGGAUCUGUUUACCUCCAAGUUCAAAGCCCCAUUUUGUGGAGCAGAGAAUGAGAAUUAAUUCUGAAACAUCGCUGUACUAUGUCUGUUCAGGAUCUGUAACCUCAAAGCCAUUGCGAGUUUCUCCAAACCAUGUGACAUGUCUCAUGCGUAUGUGCAGUUGUUGGUCAUACAUAAGGGGUUCAGGGUGGCUUUGUACUUGUUUGUAUUCACUAAAUUGUUACACAGUUUCCAAAUAUCAGUAUUUAUGUGGACACCUAAAAUGUUUUAGACGAGUGAUUUCGACUUCUGCGCAAAAAACAACAACAUAAAAACUAAAAAAUAUUCAUGAAUGUUUCAUUUAUAAAAAUGUUAUAAUGUAAUAUUUUGAAUUUGGUGAAAUAAUAUUUUAUCCAAGUGUACUUAUCAUUUCAGUUUUAGUUUUGGAAACAUCAGAGGCUUUCUUUUUGCAUAUCAUUCCAUCCCUAAGUUUGGGUGGAGGCGAGGCUACAGUCUACUGUGGGCUGUGCUAAUAUGCAUUUGUACUGUUUAGAUAGAGACUGGGAUAGUGCUGCUGAGAUGGGAUGUUAGAUGGUGCUGAACACUCAGUCCACUUGUGUGGAGACUAUUGCUGUUUGGGCUGGUCGUUAGAGAAUCAAAGGACUCUCAUUUCAGGUCAGGCCUUCUGCUUACGUGUGAGCAUCUCAUUGAUUGUUUGAAUGAUACGAAAUACACACACAAACAUACACCAGGCUCCCAGUAGACAGGGUUUUGCACUCUGAGGGAACCUAUACUGUACCUACCUAUACUUAAAUGAGUGUAAAGCACUGAACUCUCUCAUAAGGAGUCCACUGACACUGCAUAUUCAGUAUAUGGCUGACCAUGUGUAUGGGCCCGAUAUCACUGGCUUUUUGUCCUUGUUAGAGACAAACUCAGGUUUAGAAAGAGAAGAAAGGCUGAUGGGAAAAUGAGAGCCAGCUUCAGUAGACUGAAGUCAUCCAUGUUAAAUAUUUAUUUAUUUAUCUUACUUUUUAUUUCAUACUAUUUGGAAUGGAUUACAGCUACAAUUCAAUCUUAUAAUCUGAGAAAUCAUGUUUACUUUACAGGUCAAGGUGCGAAGCCUACAGUACAAUGCAACAGUGAAAAAGAAACAUUUUCUAAUACUGGUGUAACUCGGAUUGCAAAUGUGUAAAAUUGAACUGACCCAUUUGUAAUGGUGUGUAUUGGGUCAACCACAGCCAUCUUUUGCUGACAGUAAUUGUUCAUGGGGAAGUGGAGAAGAGCUUAAGGAGGACUAAAGAGAAUGCUAGCCCAAACUCAGUUUGUCAGUAAGGAACCCUACAUGUAUUUGAAUACUCCUGAUCAGGUACUGAAACUGCACUGAUAGCUUUCGUGUCCCAUGGAUACAACUAUGUAAUCAACUUCUGAAUGUCUGUUCCACCCUAACAAACAUAACUGAGAUAACUGAGUUGCUGUAUAUUAAGAAAAAGCAAAGCUGAUUGUGUCAUUUAUUGUUACACUAUUCAUUUGCUGUUGUUUACUGUUGCUGUUGUUUUUAAUGUACAGACUAUUAAAUUUGUAUGUCAGCCUUGAUUCAGCAUUACGUUCAAAUGAAGCGCAUGUCUAUUUAAUGCUGUAUUUGAAUUUAAAACCUGUUUUAAAACAUAUUCUGAUUUGAACCAACACUAGCUUAGAGGAUGACAUAUUGGCCAUUGUGAUGAAAUGACUAAGGGCCCCAUUGUCUGUCCAUGUUGCACUUUGUGUUUGCGUAUUAAAAUGUAAUGAACAACAA